AUUUAAUUUGCUUAUUGUUUUUCAUAAAAAAAUUGGGACAAAUCUUUGACUACACGAAAAGUUAGACUCGUUAAUCGCGUUUGCGCCUUUUUAAUUAACGCGGGGAAUCUGUUAAACCGGCGGAACUAAAAUCCCUAAGUGAGGCACACAAGAUAUUAUACUCCUACCAAGUAGUAGUAUUUAUUGGGGGAGAAUCUGAAGUGACAAAAAAUGGCGAUGGCGGGUUUGUACCGGCGAGUUCUUCCGUCCCCUCCGGCUGUUGAUUUCUCUUCUACUGAAGGAAAGCAACUUUUUUUGGAGGCCAUCCAGAAUGGAACAAUGGAAGGAUUUUUCAAGUUGAUCUCUUAUUUUCAGACACAGUCUGAACCGGCCUAUUGUGGGUUGGCUAGCCUUUCCAUGGUCUUGAAUGCCCUUGCUAUUGAUCCAGGAAGAAAAUGGAAAGGUCCUUGGAGAUGGUUCGAUGAAUCUAUGUUGGACUGUUGUGAGCCUUUGGAGAAGGUUAAAGCUAAAGGGAUCUCUUUUGGGAAAGUGGUAUGUUUGGCUCACUGUGCAGGAGCGAAGGUGGAAGCUUUUCGCUCUAAUCAUAGUACUAUUGAUGACUUCCGUAAACAAGUCAUGGCCUGCACUACUAGUGAUAAUUGUCAUCUGAUCUCGUCAUAUCAUAGAGGCCUUUUUAAACAGACAGGUUCGGGCCACUUUUCACCUAUUGGUGGUUAUCACGCGGGAAAGGAUAUGGCACUGAUUCUAGAUGUUGCGAGGUUUAAAUACCCCCCUCACUGGGUUCCCCUCCCUCUCCUUUGGGAAGCCAUGAACACAAUUGAUGAAGCAACAGGAUUACUUAGGGGGUUUAUGCUAAUUUCUAAGCUUCACCGAGCUCCUGCACUGCUAUAUACCCUGAGCUGUAAACAUGAGAGUUGGGUCACUAUCUCAAAGCAUUUGAUGGAUGAUCUUCCUGUCCUGUUAAGUUCUGAGAACGUGAAGGGCAUAAAAGAUGUUCUCUCUUCUGUUCUUUCAAAUCUACCUUCAAAGUUUGUUGAAUUCAUAAAGUGGAUAGCAGAAGUUCGAAGGCAAGAGGAGAAUGGUCAAAAUUUGAGUGACGAGGAGAAAGGAAGGCUAGCUAUCAAGGAAGAGGUAUUGAAACAAGUGCAGGACACUCCUCUUUAUAAGCAUGUCACAAGCAUUUUAUUUUCAGAAAAUUCUGUCUGCCAGUCAAAUGCAGCAUCAGACAGCAGUUUGGCUAAUGUUGCUGCAAGCAUUUGCUGCCAAGGAGCAGGUCUUUUUGCAGGAAGAUCUGGUUCAUCGGAUAGGUUUUGCUGUCUACAAACAUGUGUUAGAUGCUACAGAGCUACCGCGGACAAUUCUGCUACAGUGGUGUCUGGGACAGUUGUAAAUGGUAAUGGGGAGCAGGGGGUUGAUGUUCUGGUCCCUACAUCUCAAGCAAAGACUAGCUGCUGUCCUUCAGGGCAAGAUGGUUGCUCGCCAAUGCACCCUGCAAGCAACGAUGUGCUGACAGUACUAUUGCUGGCAUUACCUCCACAUACAUGGUCUCGAAUAAAAGAUACGAAGGUCUUGCAGGAAAUAGAGAACCUUGUCUCAGCAGAGAACCUGCCUCCUUUGCUGCAAGAAGAGAUUUUGCACCUGCGAGGGCAGUUCCUCCUCCUCAAGAAAUGCAAGGAUAACAAGGUAGAAGAAGAUUUAGCUGCACCUCCCUUCUAGCUUUGCUUUCCUAGGUUAUUACAAAUACAUUGUUCUAAUGUGAGAUUCCAACAUUGUACUUUCUCAUGACUUAAAAUUCACAAAGCGCCGAAGCAUCUUAAGCAGCAAACUGCAGAUGUCCUACUUCCUUUCAUUUUUAUAGGUUUAGUAAAUCAAGAACCAAAAGGCGUCUCAUGGAGCUCGAAAUCUCUCUGUGGAGAUUCAUUUGGUUUUCAGAGAUCAAGCGGCUCUUUAAAGAGAAGGCAUGCAAUGCAAUGAAGGAGUGCUAAUCUAUCCAGGAAAGUUGAGUUCACUGGGUUAGCUGGGUGGGUUCAGAUUUACAUUUUACUUGCCCAGGACUUCAUUGUAUGUACCAUUUCUUCUACUUAUGGUAUUAUUUUGACAAGGACUGAAGGAAUAAAUUAUUUCUUUUUGGAUGUUUGGUUCA